UGUAUUCGGUUGAUAUGCUUACGAGAUGUUUGGUUAGAGCAAAAGAGCUGUGCUGAACUCAAACGGGGAAAAAAUUAAGAACAUCCCAUGUCAUUGUCAGGUGCUUCCCCCAUCCCAGUCCUACUGGAGAGGGCACAAGAGCGAGAUGCGAACAGAUGAACUGGGUCGACACUCAGCGACAGAGGCCUCUCAAGCCACCUUAGCCAGCGUAGUCCCUGUGUUUGCAGUGAUGAAAUUUGACAAGGAAGGAAAUAUUACCUCUUUUGAAAGAAAGAAAACAGAAUUGUACCAGGAACUGGGUCUUCAAGCUCGAGAUCUAAGAUUUCAGCAUCUAAUGAGCAUUGCAACUAGAAACAACAGGAUUAUCAUUAGAAUGGAGUUUUUGAAGGCUGUGGUAACACCAGAGUUUCUUCUGAUACUAGAUUAUCGCAGUUUAAAUAUGGAGCACUGGCUGUUCCAAGAACUUGCGUCUCAGCUGUCUGGAGACGGGCAGCUAGUUACAUAUUCCUUGCCCUUUGAAUUUAGAGCCAUAGAAGCAAUACUGCAAUAUUGGAUCAGCAAUCUGCAAGGGAGACUUAACGUUUUGCAACCUCAGAUCGUUGAGACGCUGGAAGCUCUAGUGGAUCCCAAGCUACUGUCUGUGGAUAGAAGUAAACUACACAUUUUGCUACAAAAUGGCAAGAGUUUGUCAGAAUUAGAAACAGAUCUUAAAGUUUUCAAAGAAACAAUCCUGAAAAUCUUAGAUGAAGAGGAAUUAAUAGAAGAGCUCUGUCUAACUAAAUGGACAGAUCCACAAGUAUUUGAGGAGAGCAUGUCUGGAAUUGACCAUGCAGAGGAAAUGGAGCUGCUGCUGGAGAAUUAUUACAGACAAGCCGAAGAUCUCGCUAAUGAAGCACGUGAACUCAGAGUAUUGAUUGAUGAUUCCGAAAGUAUCAUCUUCAUCAACCUGGACAGCCACCGUAAUGUGAUGAUGAGACUGAACUUACAGCUGACCAUGGGGACUUUUUCUCUCUCUCUUUUUGGACUGAUUGGAGUAGCCUUUGGUAUGAACUUGGAAUCCUCCUUUGAAGAGGACCACAGAGCAUUUUGGCUGGUGACCGGGAUUAUGUUUUUGGGAAGCGGCCUUAUCUGGCGGCGUUUGCUUUCAUUCCUUGGACGGCAUCUAGAACCUUCACUACCUCCCCAAGUGCCCACGUUGCUGAAAAAAACUCAUCCAACAGCUGGAAGGACUGAAGUAAAAAAUGACCUUAAAACAGAAGCCUUUAUGUCAAGCAGAAGCACGCUGACAAAUCGAUAGAACCGGAGAAAGCAACUGGCUUUUUUUGUUACAUGGAGAACUGUACACACACUUGCACAACUGUUUUCCCUAUAGUAAAAAUUAAGAAUUUUUAAACUCAUAGAAUGUCAAUCUAUAUCUUAUGCACAAAAAUGUUUUUAAAGUUGAUUUUUUAAUGGCACAAAAGUCAGUAAAUGCAGAGAGAAGAUUCCCAUAGGAUCCUUAAUUUUUUUCCUCAUGUGUUACACUAGAGGAUUUCGCUAGACUACAGCAUGAUGCACAGUUUGCAAUUUGAGGCUCGCACAGUUUGAGGUCUUCCAUCCAAGGACUGCUCAGGCCCAGCCUUCAUUAGUUAGCCGUUGACAAGAUUUCAGCCUAGGGCAGUAGAGCUAAAGAUAGAGACUAACAUUAAAAACAAAAACUGCUAUACCUCAAUAGGAACUGGUUUGAUUUUUUGAAAAUCAGGCUACUCAUUCAGGAGCUGAUAGCUGGAGUUAAGAGCCAAACUUUAGGCUUUUUUUUUUAAUGUAGGGUUGUUGUUUUUUUUCCUUUUUAGUUUUUCAAGGUUGCAUUCACUCUCUAGAGAAUAGGAUACCAGAAGCUGGAAUCAAACUCACAUUUCUUGCAGAGCACUAGACCGGCACAGCCAGACCAACAAAUACAGAAAACUGCUUUGUUUCUGUUACAUGAAAAAUAAACAAGUUUUGAAUGUCCAGUGCUCACCUGUUCAAAGACUAAUCAGGCCCAAAUGGGUUUUUAAAAUCAGAACAGCAGGCCCUUUCAGACUGGUAGCAGAUGCACGUUUCAAGCAUGCAACCACUGCCCUUUCAGUUGUAACUGACUAGAUGUAUUUACACGUGUAGUAUAACACUUCCUUAUUCGAUUAGUAAGAACUUACCUUAGGGCCUGAUCCAAUUCCCAUUUGAAAAAGAAAAGUCAGACUUUUUUCCUCACCUGACUUGUUUUCUUUUAUCUCUUUCUGAAGACAUAGAUGGCCGGGAUCAUGAAGCAUACUGCAGUUGUCUUGCAGCUGGUUUCAUUACUACACAUGGUGGAUGAGAUUAGGGGCAAAUGUGGGGUGAAAUCUGUCUGCAGGUCAGGGGAAUGGGAGGUAGUAGCAAAGUUACAUAACUAUCAAAGAAGUGCUGAUUUGAUUCCUGCGAUGGUGGAAGAGUUAAAUACCUGCUACUUCCACCCACCUGCUAUUUGCAUCUCCUGAGGGCCUUACCCCACUGUGCAGAGUGACUGUAAAACCCUUCUAGAUCAGAAUGGGCACACUUACACCUGUGCCAAGUACAGUAAGGUAGCUCUUUAGCCAGCAACUUAAACAUUGUGUAAACCACUGCCCACCUGACAGGCUGAAAAAUUUAUUGUAGCAGCAAAAGCGUAAUUAAGUGCUCAGGUGAACAGAAAAUGGAAACGAGAGAGUUCAGAAAUUGUUAUACUUCUGCAAGCCUGUGGUCUUUCCAAAGUAAAAUCCUGUGUGGCAUCUAAUGAUUAUCAACUAACUGAUUUAACUUUGUGUAUCCUUACACUUCCAAAGCAUAGCAUCUUACAGGAUAAUGCACUGUUCUUUCUCUGUAUUCUACUAGAUAGUAGGGGAUUGGAUGGCAGUUGAAAUCCCCAGUGGCCAAGUCAUUACCAUCUAUUGGUUGUCAAAUGACCUUUAGGAAGUGUUUUGGUCUUGAUCCAGCUCCUAGUGGGGAAACUGUUCACAAUAUGUAACAGUUGAGAACUAAUGUUGGCAUACCCAGAGAGGGCAAGGAGUGAAUGGGUAUGGAUACUGAGGUUCUGACUCAGGAAAUGAUCCCUUCAGGCCAGGGUUUUGAAAUACAUUGACAGGGCUAUUGGAAAAACUUGCAUUGUUGCUUCCCCAGCUGUAUUUUCCUUGCAGCUACAGGGCAUUAUUUUGACUCCUUUCAUCUGUACUUAAUUGACUUUUAUGUAUAUUAAAAGCAUUUAAAAUAAGACCACUAGUUCUUUUACAGGGCUGCAUCUAUGUCAUGGGAGUUACCUAAGUCCAGAAAACCAUUGGACGUUUAACACCAGGCUCAUUCACACUGCAAAAUGUAGGUGUGGUAACAGAAUUCUGAGCUCAGAAGUGAGAAACUGAAGCCUGUGGUGGUUGAUAAGGUUUUGAGUGAAAUUGCCACUGAACCAGACCCAUGAACCCCACUAUCAACUGAUUAAGAGUUUGCAUUAAGUGUAGUUGACAAAGCUGCACUUUGUUUAUAAUACCCAGGACUCACAAAUAAAAUGCCAACCGGUUUUAUCCUUGUGUUUGGCAAAUUGACCUCUUUGGUUUUGCUGACUUAACAGUAAGAGGAGUCUGUUCAGCUUGGAUAAACUUCACUCAUUUUCUUUACAACACAAUUGACCGAAAAAAGCCUAGUGUUUUCUAGGGCUGAGGGUGAAGAACGUAAAUAAGGCAAUCCCCAGCUUGUCAGUCUGCCUCCUACAAUCACUUGGGCUCUCCUCCACCUGACUACUUCUAUCAGGCUUGUUGAUGACUGGGAUGUCCUUUCAAAAGUGGCAAGUGCAGGAUGGCUUGGGAUCCUAACAGGGAAGGUGUUAAGAGCAAGAGUCAAUAAGGAAAAAGGUAAAAUAAUGACCUAUGGGAGGGAAAGUGCACUGCGUUCAGCUCACCCACCCUGAUGCCUUCUAGUUCUCCAGCUACUCCUCGAUUUCCAUCACUUAUCCAGAGAGCAUUUUAAAGGGUGGGUGUCAUUUUCUUUUCCUAUUUUAUCAGAACAAAUUCCAAACAGUUGCUGGUUGAAACGUGCAGCACAACAUGCUCUCUUCCUAUUUAUCUCCACAGAGUCCUUGUUUAAGUACUUUCUCCUCUUCUCCCUCCCACCCCAUCUCUUCAUUUAUGCUGUCCAGCUAGCUGGUUCUUGCUAGCUCUGAUGUUUAUUGCUUUAUUUAGGCAGGUUAAAACAAUUAUGCCCAGUAUGGAUGCCAUGGCAAAUGAUGAUGUAGUAAAAACAGAAAAGCAUAAAUCUAAAAUUCAGCUUUUAAUCUUCUGUUUUAAAGCUAGAAUUAUCAAGAGCUGGAAGAGUCUUUAAAACUGCCUCCUGAAAACACUGAGAAAGUAGGAAAGAUUUUUGCCUUAUGUAUAUUUUCCAAAGAGGAUGAUUACUGUUUAAAAUGCUCCAGUACUUUGCUACUUGCUUGUAA